AUGGCCAAGAAUAAAUUAAGAGGGCAGAAGUCCAAGAACAUAUUUCACAUAACCAGCCAAAAAAAAAAAAAAAUUUAGUACAAAACCAGAACAAAACCAGUUACCACUAAUCUUAAGAAGAUAAACAUUGUGAAUGAUGAAAAAGUGCACAGAAUGAAUAAAGCUUUUAUAAACAUUCAGAAGGAACUUGCACACUUCUCAAAAAGGCUCACUCUUGAACCUGAUAAGAAAGAGCGGAUUAAUCAACCGCAUCAUGAAAAUGAACCAGUUAAUGUUGAAGAAGCUACAAUCUUAAUAGCUCAAUUGUAA